UAUUAUAUCACACUUUCAUGUUAGAUAUAUAGAACACAGCUAUUAUAUCAACAAAGCUUUUAUAUCUCUCAACUUCUCAGAAACAAAAACAAGGUUGUAUAUACAUAUAUACACACAGUAGUAGUCCUAUAUAGUUUGCCAUGGGGGAAGAGUUUCAUGCCGGGGUUUGCGGUGAGACAUGGUGGAAUUCCUCGAAAAACGUGUUCGCCUCUCCGUGUUCCGUUGGAAUUGGUGGUGAUUUGAUGGGUGGAAGUACUAAUUUUUUCUGGUCAAGUUUUGACGUCUUGGACAUGAAAGCCAAAUCGUCUUACGAAGAAGAAGAUGUGGCUAAUAUUACUACUGCUGUCACUGAUACUUCCACUAAUACGAAAAAUAGUAGUUCAGUGUCAGCUGAUGGUGUUUUCCAUGUUCAAAAGCUUCAAGAAGCUGCUGCAGAUUCAGAUUCCACCCUGCAAAUGAUGGGUUUUGGAAUUUCUUCAUCUUCACCUUCAACAUCAGAUUGGAACCAAUCCAUACUUGGGAGAUUAUCAUCAUCUGAAAGUAAUUACAGUUCCAUGAUGCCAGAAGACAUGAAUAGUAUUUCAAGGUUGCAGCAGAGUUACAGUGAAUCCUCCAUUAACGAAAACAUCUUCAAGCCAGUAUAUCUUCAUCAAGACUUUUCUUCUUCGUCAUCGUCUUCUUCAUCAGCCUCUUAUGGGUUCCCUAAUUCGACAUUGUUGCAAACCUUAUUUGAGUCUGCACCAACUCAUGAUGACCCUCCACCUCCUCCUCCUCCUCAUCAUCAUCAUCAUCAUCAGCUACUAAAUAACCGGUCAAUGAACUAUAUGUCAACCUAUACAAACUGUAAUUCGCAAGAUCAGUUGUCUCCUUCUAAUUGGUCAAAAACUGUAUCUCCAUUGUUGAAACCUUCACUACCAAAGCAGCAGUUCUGGAACUCAUCAUCAUCAUCUUUCCCGGCGCCUUUAAACGACAUAAUCAGACCCAGGCUUUCUCCCUCGUCUCAGUCUCAGUUUCUUGUUCCUUGUUUCCAAGAAAAGUCAAACUGCUCCAAACUUACCCCCAAGUUGAGCACUGGGGAAAUCCGUGAUUCAGGGUCAGCGAUGAAGAAAGCAAGCAGUGAAUUACCUGUGUCAAAAAGGCCUAGAAUUGAAACACCAUCGCCAUUGCCAACUUUUAAGGUUCGGAAAGAGAAGUUAGGGGACCGAAUCACUGCUCUUCAGCAAUUGGUUUCGCCUUUUGGAAAGACUGAUACUGCUUCUGUUCUCCAUGAAGCUAUUGAGUACAUCAAGUUUCUCCAUGAUCAAGUCAGUGUUUUAAGCAAUCCAUACAUGAAACAAGGAGCUCCCACUCAACUACACCAACAGGGUUGUCAUGAAAAAUUGAAGGAGGCAGAAGGGUCAAUUAAACAAGACCUAAGAAGCAGAGGACUUUGUUUAGUGCCCAUUUCAAGUACAUUCCCGGUUGCCAAUGAAACCACUGCUGAUUUUUGGACACCAACUUUUGGUGGAACUUUCAGGUAGAAGAAGAUAUAUAUAUAUAUAUAU